AGACCCAGCCUGUGCCAGGAAGGCAGCCAGAGAUCUGGCCAGAGCUCUGAGGUGCUGGUCAAUGAGCAGCUUGAUGAUGGCAAGAAGCCCCACCAGUGCUUGGAAUGUGGGAAGAGUUUUCCCGCGAGCUCCCACCUGAUCGUCCACCAGAGGAUCCACACCGGGGAACGGCCCUACGAGUGUGGGGAAUGUGGGAAGAGCUUCAGGAUCAGCCACCAACUCACUGCCCACCAGAGGAUCCACACCGGGGAACGGCCCCACGAGUGUGGGGAAUGUGGGAAGAGGUUCCGGAACAGAUCCCACCUGAUCGUCCACCGAAGGAUCCACACUGGGGAAUGGCCCCACGAGUGUGGGGAAUAUGGACAGAGGUUCAGGAUCAGCUCCCACCUGAUUGUCCACCAGAGGAUCCACACCGGGGAAUGGCCCCACAAGUGUGAGGAAUGUGGGAAGAGCUUCAGGGUCAGCUCCCACCUGAUCAUCCACCAGACGACCCACACCAAGGAACGACCCUAUAAAUGUGGAGAAUGUGGGAAAAGCUUCAGGAGGAGCUCCAGCCUGAAACUCCACCAGAUAAUCCAUACUGGGAUACGCCCCUAUGUGUGUGGGGAGUGUGGGAAGCGUUUCCGUGACAGCUCUGGCCUGAUCAUCCACCAGACAAUGCACACUGGGGAAUGCCCCUACACCUGCUCUGAAUGUGGGAAGAGCUACAUGGGGAACGCCAGCCUGAUCAUGCACCAGAGGAUGCACACUGGGGAGAGGCCCUACGAGUGCGGGGAAUGUGGGAAAAGCUUCAGCCAGAGAUGGUAUCUGAUUCGCCACCAGCAGAUCCACACUGGGGAGAGGCCCUGUAAGUGCAGGGAAUGUGGGAAAAGCUUCCGUGCGCCCUCCACCCUGAUUGCCCACCAGAGGAUCCACACUGGAGAGAGGCCCUACAAGUGCGGGGAAUGUGGGAAAAGCUUCAGGCAGAGCUCCGCCCUAAAUGCCCACCAGAGAAUUCACACAGGGGAGAGGCCCUACAAAUGUGGGGAAUGUGGGAAAAGCUUCAGCCAGAGCUCCAGCCUGAUUGCCCACCAGAGAAUUCACACUGAGGAGAGGCACUGUGAGUGUCCUGAGUGUGGGGAGAGGUUUCAGAGCAGAUACCGUCUCCUCAAGCAUCAGCAGAUUCACACAGAAUAGAGGCCCUUCUGCUGCCACGAGUGCGGGAGGGGCUUUAAGAGAAACUCCACUCUCAUCACCCACCAUCAGAUCCACGCUGGGGAGAGGCCCUAAGAGUGUCCCAAGUGUGGGAAGCGCUUCUCCCAGAACUCUACUAUGACCCAGCACCAAGGGAGGCAGCAGUAAGGGAAGCCCUACAAGUGCUCCGUGUGUUGGAAGAGCUUUGAGCGCUGCUCCAACUCCAUCCCCCACUGGAGGUCCCCCGUUGGAUGGUCCACAGUGAGACUUGGUGAUCCAUGGUCCUGGUGAUUCUGAUUCCUGUUAGAAAGACACCUGGCUGGUGGUCUGCACAUCUUCCUGGCUUCCCUUGGACACUUGGACACAGCCAGAGAAAAAUCCACUGGGAUGCAAACCGACAUCAGAAUUUCAUAGGGGACCGCACAGUUUUUUACUUUCGACCCCAAAAAUACUCACCUUUUACAUCCAGUCAUUUCUUCGGGUGGCAUAAAGGAUGGUGUUGGAGGUUUUUUCCAACCUAAAUCAUUCCACGAUUCUAAUUCUCCCUGGACCAGAGACAUCUUUCAUAGCCAAAUGGUGAUGGACUGGGGCACAAAACCAGGAUUUUGGAGGCAGUGGAGUGGAAAUUCCUCUAGAAAAGGUCCUUUCUACCCACCAGGCACAUGAAUACUCAGCCAGCAUGGACACGUAAAUCCUGUUAUUUUGGCCUUGAUUUUCUAUCAUUUCUGUUCAUCCCUUCACCCACCAUUGGGGUAAAAAUAAAGACAUUUAACUAAGUCACGGAUG